GACGAGUGGAGUUGCUCUUGUAGGCAGCGCAUUUUCAGGACCAACUUGGGGCGUUCUACUCAAGAGCACAGGUUAGAGUUACAUACAUAAAUGAAUUUCUUGGGCGAUGCACUUGCCUUUAUACAAACUCCAUGGCGGCUAGAAAUUAAAACUAUGGAUAUAAUUGUAGACGUUGCAGCCCUCAUCUUCAUGAUUGACAGAAUUAGCGCGAAGUUGUAAGAUACUCAGAACACGGUAAAAAUAAAGAUUAUGAUGACCACGAACAACGAGAGCACUAGCCUGCAAUAUCAAAUAAAGAUUGUCGCUUCGCAUUUUGAUUUUUCGUGCAGAAUGCAUUGUGGCCCCCGCUCGAGCUCAUCUGCGAAUUGAAUUACAGUGAGACCUCCACCACGCGCGGACCAGCUUAUGGGUUGCGGUGGAUCGAAGAAAACCGCCGUAGAGCCGGCGUCUCCGACUACACCAGAGCCUCCGCGACAACCAGAGGAGCAGCCUGGCAAGCAAAUUUCUUCAUCCGCCCCCGCGAAGGACCUCGACGUGGGGACGGAGCAACACGAUCAUGAUGUAGCAGCAGCAGCCCAAGAUGAACUUGCACAGAAAGCGAAAGAAGAUGAGGAAGAAUUGCAAGCGCGCGCCCGCGCAGCGGCCGCUGAACAAGAAGGACAAAAUCAGCCCGAGGGUCAUCAAGCUCAAGGGGAGGUGGAGGUGCAAGUUUUUGAGCUGGAGAACCUGCCAACUGAGAGCGGUACAACUACAUCCGCUGACAUUUUUUCCAAGAAAAGGGAGCGAAAGCAGGGUCGAAGAAGAAGGGCCUCGUCAUCUGACGGUCCAUCUGGACGAGCCGUCGAGGGCGACCAGGACGAUUCCGCCGGGUCCGGAUCGUCGGUAUCAGACCAGGAACAGCUGGACACGCUGCUCGUCACGCAACAGCGGUCCGGGUCCGAGGCACACGGUAGUUCUCGGGAGGACAGCGAGACGGACGAUAAUUUCAUAGCAGGCCAGUUGCCGCUAGAAGGAGAAGGUCCCUCUCCGACAAAGAAGAAGGCUCGGCGAGCGAAUCUGGAGCCGGCGUUCCCGGCGCCAACGCCAGCCCAGCAGUACGCGUACGAGCGAGUGCCGGACAAGGUCUUUUACAGUCCGGGGAAACUACCGAUCCCCGUGCGGGCCGUCGAGACAGAACCCAAAGACACCCGCGUGAAGGGACAGCAGAAUGAAGAAGGUACUAAACUGAUGAAUCGCGUUCCGAGCAUGAUCAUGAUUUUGAAGAUCGCGCUCACGAUCCGUGUAUGACCAUCAUGAGCGGUCAAGGGAGUUGUCGUUCUUCUUUUUAUCGCGAAGGUAAUGGCUCUUCUUUGAACUUGAAGAGAACUUUUGCUCACGAUACAACUACUGGCCGCCGGGAUUACAACGAUUAGUACUUUCUUCAUCAAGUUUGCCUGCUGCAAAUCCAAAUGAUUCUCGUCAGCAAUGGCUUAUAGCUCGUACGUUUACGUAUAGAAAACUGAACUGCGAUGUUGGGUAUGACAUUGUCGCUUUUUCCUUUCUAUCAGGCACGAUCUCAGUGGAGCAGCUGACUGAGGAGCGGCUGCAGCUGGCGGAGGAACAGGACAAGGAGGCGGAAAAGGUGGAAGAAAAGCUGGAGUAUGAUAGUGGACAACACAACAUCCCCCUCCCGCUCGUUUGCUUGAUUUUUGCCUCCAUCUACUUACAGCAAGAGUAAGAGAAGUUCUAAAAUUGACACUCAGCACCAGCUUCUGCAAGACAAUUCAUGUGUAUUGUAAGUAGUGCUGUUUGUUGUCAUCAUUAGCUUGUCAACUACUACAUCCAAGAAACAGUGUCGCAACAAGGACAAGAUAACAAUUGACGUUCUUAAAGUAGCAUUACAAACGCCGCCGGGAAGGUCAUGAUGAGUUUUGUUCACUCGGAUAAAGAAACCGUGGAGCACAAGACGCAGAUGACGGCGACGGAACUACGAACGUUGCAGGCCAGCCUGAUUGUGGAAGCGCUGAGCCCCAAGCGCAACAACGGAUCCGUGCUCAGUCCAAAGCGCCAAAAGGAAAUCAUCCAGCAAAUACUGCAUCCGGAGAUGACAGCUGGGACAAAUACGGCUGGAGGCGGAGCUGGUGGCAAGGAUUCAGCCGAGAAAAUAACAGGGGCUGGUGCUGGCGCAGGUAGAGGUACUUCUAGCGGGGUGUCGUCCACUUCCCCAUUGGGUUCUUCAUCUUCCCCCCGUGCACCGGCAGCUAAGUAGUUCUUCGCCGAGGUAAGGAACAAUUUGGAUGCAAGGCUGGAGACUGCGACUGGAACGAGACUUGUGGUCUGGAGCAGGUUGGACCGGAGUGGUCGUCGACACGGUGGUGCCGCGAGAAGAUGAACACAGAAAGGGCUACAAGAACUUCAACCAGUUGUACCAGUAGUGCUCCAUGUUGGCUUUUUGCGUUGCCUUGGUGAGCUCUACGAAUAUUGUAAACUCUGGUUUCGUCUGUUACUGUUUCUAACGCCAUUGGGUGGAAGCACCAAUUCAAUGUUUCUAAAUUCAACUUCUAGCGUUUAGUGUGGUGCCUAGUGGUGCUUCUCAU